AUGUCUACCGUUGGAAAGGCCAUUACCUGUACUGCUGCCGUUGCCUACGAGGCAGGGAAGCCACUCACGGUUGAAGAAAUCAUUGUUGACCCUCCUAAAGCGCACGAAGUGCGUAUCAAGGUCGAGUAUACUGCCGUUUGCCACACAGAUGCUUAUACUUUGAGCGGAAAGGAUCCAGAGGGUGCUUUCCCUUCUGUUCUCGGCCAUGAGGGUGCUGGUAUUGUUGAGUCUGUUGGUGAAGGUGUAACGAAUGUCAAGCCUGGUGAUCACGUGAUCGCGUUGUACACCGCUGAGUGCAUGAAGUGUAAGUUCUGCAAAUCUGGUAAAACCAACUUGUGCGGAGCUGUCAGAGCGACACAAGGUAAAGGUGUGAUGCCCGAUGGAACAGUCCGGUUCCACAACAAGAAGGGCGAAGAUUUGUUGCAUUUCAUGGGCUGCUCUACCUUCUCACAAUACACGGUUGUCGCUGACGUCUCGGUGGUCGCAAUUGACCCCAAGGCUCCAAUGGACAGGGCCUGUCUAUUAGGAUGCGGUGUGACGACUGGUUAUGGUGCUGCCAUAAAGACGGCAAAUGUGCAAAAGGGUGACACCGUUGCCGUUUUCGGUGCCGGAACCGUUGGUCUCUCGAUUGUUCAAGGUGCUAAAGUAAGAGGGGCAUCGCGUAUAAUUGUCAUUGAUCUUAACCAAGGUAAAAAAGACUGGUCCUUUCAAUUUGGUGCGACGGAUUUCGUCAAUCCCUCGACGGACCUCAAAGAGGGCGAAACCAUUGUUUCUAAAUUGAUCGAAAUGACAGACGGUGGGUUGGAUUUCACUUUUGACUGUACCGGCAAUGUUCACGUGAUGCGUGAUGCUUUGGAGGCUUGCCAUAAGGGCUGGGGUCAAAGCAUUAUUAUCGGUGUGGCGGCUGCGGGUGAGGAAAUCUCUACAAGACCUUUCCAAUUGGUCACGGGGAGAGUAUGGAAAGGUUCUGCUUUCGGAGGGAUCAAGGGUAGGUCUGAUAUGGGCGGCCUUAUCUCUGAUUACAUGAACGGCAAACUAAAGGUCGACGAGUUCGUUACACAUGAGAGAAAGUUCACGGACAUCAACGAAGCCUUCGAGGAUUUGCAUCAUGGAGACUGUUUGAGAACCGUCCUGGACCUUUCAAAAUAA